AACGUCAUGACGCCGUGCGUCCUGUCCCGAGCCUAGCAACCGGAGCGUCCAUAGCAACGGGGAGCUGGUGUUUGCGCGUGACGUAAUGACGCCGUGCGUCCUGCCCGGAGCCUAGCAACCGGAGUGUCCUUAGCAACGGGAGCUUGGUUGGGGACCAGGGCGGUGAUGGCGAAGGAGAAGGGCAGGAAGAAGAAGGAGAAGGCGAAGGGGAAAAAGGGGAGGAAAAAGUCCCUGAAGUUGGCCAAGGAAUCCGAAAUGGAGCGAGCCAAGGCCAACGCGACCCUCUGGGAGACUCGUCUGGAAAUCACAGAGCUGUCCCGGACGGAAUACCGGGACGCUUCCCGCAAACUGGCCCAAGAGAACGAAGAACUAAAGAGGAAGCAAUAUAAGAUGGAGAAGGACGCGGUGUCCGUAUUAAGCUACCUCAAGAAGCAGGAUAUGGAGAAAGGAGACUUGAUUGAGAAACUGAAACAGCAGUUGGUUGAUGCCAAGAAACAAGCCCAGGAGGAGAAUGAAAAACUGGAGGAAAACUACAGUCGGCAGCUGGAGGAGCUGACGGAAAAAUUUCACCAAAAGGCCAAGGAAAUCGGCUUAAUCCAGCUGGAACUGAAAACCAUAAAGGAAUUUCGGAAGAAGAAACUUCAAGUAGAGAGAGAACUGGAGGAGUUGAAAGAAAACAUGAAGGCCACCAGAAAGAAACAUCAGGAGACGGUCCGCAGAUUGGAGGGAAAGUUCUUUGAAGAGAAGCAACGACUAGAAAAAGAAGCGGAGAAGAAGAUAGUAAUGCUGGCAGAGAGAGCUCACCAGGAAGCUGUUUUGCAGCUGGAUAACGCCGGGAGAUCCGUCUUCAGGGAAAACGUUCGGCUCCAGAAGGCCCUGAAGUACCACAUGAAGGAAGCCCAGGAGUUACAAAAGAACUCGAAAAAGCUGGAGGAGAAUCAAGCUUCCCUCCUACAGCUGAAGGAGACCAACGAGCUUUUGGUUAAGGAAAAGAUCUUCCAAGUCACUCAGCAGAAAUCCCAGAUCCAGACGCUCCAGAGGAAGGUGGAGAGGCUGGAGACGGCCCUGGGCCACAUGACCCGAGAGUUCGAGGCGGAGAUCCACGACGCCCGGCGGGAGGCCCGGCUGCGGAGUCGGGAAGGCCGGACGGAGAUCGACAAGCUCCAGUACCUCCUGGAGGUGAAGGACCGGGAGAUGAACCGGGUGAAGACGCUCGCCAGGAACAUCCUGGAGCAGAGGACGGAGGUGGAGACGUUCUUCCUGGACGCCCUGCGGCAGGUGAAGCGGGAAAUCCAGAGCGGCAGGAAGGAUUACCGGCAGGCGGCCCGGGCCGCUUUCCAGCGGAAGAUGAGGGAGGCGUACGCCGGGAGAGCGGAGUAUCCCAGGAUCCGGACGUUCGGGGAAGGGGAGGACAGCACCAACAGCGUGCAUCGGGAUCUUCUGGAGGCCGAGAAAUGGACCAACGUCAAUACGGAGAAGGUGGAUAUUGGAGAUCUGACCUGGGAACAGAAGGAAAAAGUUUUGAGGCUACUGUUUGCCAAAAUGAAUCGCCUUCCUCUCCGGAAAUACAACCAGUGUUCGGCUCCCCCGCUACCGGACCGCGCGGCUCUUAAAACCGGAGAGAAAAAGCGAGUCGGCGACGGGGGAAACGUUCCCGAUCGGACCUUCAUCACACAGCAGGCGCCGAUCUCAGAAGCGCCCGCCAACGGAUCAUCUCUCCCAGAUAUUAAGCAAGGAGCCGAGCAGAGCGCGAGCUAGAACGAAACCCCAGCUCUUCCCACCGCGGCCGGAUCCCAACUCUUUCCCAGUCUUCCGGGGGGAAAGAAACCCUCCUCUCUGGGACGGGAUUGGGCCCCCGGUUGGGAGAUCCUAACGCGUUUAUUUAAAAGGAGGUCAGACACGAACCUUUCGCUUUUGGGUGGUUCCGAAAAUAAAAACCUUUUUCCGCCU